UAAAAGAUCGUCCAGCAAAGUCGUCCACGGUUUGAAGCCCGCGAGGCUUCACGUUGCACAACCGAAGCCGUGAUUCCCGUCCGAGCGAUCCGCGUCCUCACAGACGAUCUCUGAUCGUCUUCUCUGCGCUGCUCUCGCGGCAACUUCCACAACGCGCCAAAUUAAGAAAACACGCGCAGCGUCACUGAGGAAAAACCGGAGCGCAAAGCUGCGAAAUAACCGCGACAGCGGGUCAAAUGCGGUUUUGCCGAAGGACUCGGACAAACGUGUCGGGACUUUGGCUUAUUCCUUCGUGUCGCGGACCUCGAUAGAAGAUGGUUCUACAAAACAGCGGACGGUACCGGGCGCAGCGGGGACAAAGCGGAGGGGACCAUGAGAACCAGGACGAUGGAGCCGCGAUGUCGGCCCUCAAGCGGCUGGAGCGCUGCCAGUUCACAGACGAGAUGGACGCCCCGAUUCGGUUUACAAGAAUGAGAGAACCGGGGGAAGAAAUCGGGGCUGGGCUGAUCAACAAGCAUCCUGCUGAGAUCCUGGACGAUGACAAGAGGAUGAUCAGCGCUGUGGACUAUUACUUCAUACAGGAAGAUGGAAGCAGGUUUAAGGUGGCCCUUCCAUUCAAGCCGUAUUUUUACAUCGCUACAAAAAAGAACUGUGAGAGAGAAGUCAUCUCAUACUUUUCGAGAAAGUUUCACGGCAAGGUGGCAAAGCUUGAAGUUCUCUCAAAAGAGGACCUAGACCUGCCCAAUCAUUUAGUCGGCCUGAAGAGAAGCUACAUCAAGCUGUCAUUCAGCACCUUGGACGACCUCCUCAAGGUCAAGCGUGAGAUCAAUCCAGCAGUGCGCAAGAACAGAGAGCGGGAGCAGUCCAAUGACUCCUACACAUCGAUGCUCUCGAGCGCCUUAGCAGGAGGCAACGUGACCUCAGCCGAUGAAGACGGGACGUCGAGGAGUAUUUCAGACCAGCUGGACAACAUAGUGGACAUGAGGGAGCACGACGUGCCCUAUCACGUGCGGCUGUCCAUCGACCUCAAGAUCCACGUGGCCCACUGGUACAAUGUCCGAUACAGAGGCAGCGCUUACCCACCGGAGAUUGUUCGGAGAGACGAUCUUGUAGAGCGACCGGACCCUGUUGUUAUGGCUUUUGACAUUGAGACUACAAAGCUUCCACUGAAGUUCCCGGACGCAGAGAGCGAUCAGAUUAUGAUGAUUUCGUACAUGAUUGACGGACAGGGGUUUCUGAUCACCAACAGAGAGAUCGUCUCUGAGAACAUUGAAGACUUUGAAUUCACUCCCAAACCUGAAUAUGAAGGGCCUUUCACAGUCUUCAACGAGGAUGACGAGGCGGCUCUCAUUCAGAGGUGGUUUGAUCACGUUCAAGAAACCAAGCCAAACAUCUUUGUGACCUACAACGGAGACUUCUUUGACUGGCCUUUCAUAGAGACGCGGGCCGCGCUGCAUGGACGCACCAUGUACAGGGAGAUCGGUUUCCAGAAGGACAACCAGGGGGAGUACAAGUCCAGCCAGGCCAUCCACAUGGACUGCUUAAGGUGGGUGAAGAGAGACAGCUAUCUGCCGGUGGGGAGUCAUAACUUGAAGGCGGCGGCAAAGGCCAAAUUGGGCUACGACCCGGUGGAGCUGGACCCGGAGGAGAUGUGCCGCAUGGCCACUGAAGAGCCACAGACAUUAGCUACCUACUCUGUGUCCGAUGCCGUGGCCACUUAUUACCUGUACAUGAAAUAUGUUCACCCCUUCAUCUUCGCUCUGUGCACCAUCAUCCCCAUGGACCCGGAUGAGGUGCUGCGUAAAGGUUCUGGGACUCUUUGCGAAGCGCUGCUCAUGGUGCAGGCCUUCCACGCAAACAUCAUCUUCCCAAACAAGCAGGAGCAGGUUUUUAACAAACUGACAGACGACGGCCACGUCAUGGACUCCGAGACCUACGUGGGCGGUCACGUGGAGGCGCUGGAGUCGGGAGUGUUUCGCAGUGACAUCCCCUGCCGUUUCAAGAUGAACCCAGCUGCAUUUGACUUCUUGCUGCAAAGAGUGGAGAAGACGAUGCGCCAUGCCAUCGAGGAAGAGGAGAAAAUACCGUUGGAUCAAGUCACUAACUUUAAUGAGGUGUGUGAGGAGAUUAAAAAUAAGCUGACUUCCCUGAAGGAGGUCCCAAACAGGAUUGAAUGCCCCCUUAUCUACCAUCUGGACGUUGGGGCAAUGUACCCCAAUAUCAUCCUCACCAACCGCCUGCAGCCGUCCGCGAUGGUUGAUGAAGCCACUUGUGCUGCGUGUGACUUUAACAAACCCGGAGCCUCCUGCCAGAGGAGGAUGGCCUGGCAGUGGAGAGGAGAAAUUAUGCCCGCCAGCCGCAGCGAGUUCCACCGCAUCCAGCAGCAACUGGAGUCUGAGAAGUUCCCGCCGUUCUUCCCCAACGGUCCACCUCGGGCCUUCCACACUCUGAACAGGGAGGAGCAGGCCAAACACGAGAAGAAACGCCUGGCAGACUACUGUAAGAGGGCGUAUAAGAAGACCCACGUCACCAAGCGGGAGCAGCGAGUCACCACCAUCUGUCAGAGAGAAAAUUCCUUCUACGUCGACACUGUGAGAGCUUUCAGAGAUCGACGUUAUGAAUUCAAAGGACUUCACAAGGUGUGGAAGAAGAAACUGUCCGCUGCUCAGGACAGCGGAGACGCUGCUGAGAUGAAGCGCUGCAGAAACAUGGAGAUCCUGUACGACUCUCUGCAGCUGGCUCACAAAUGUAUUCUAAACUCUUUUUACGGCUACGUCAUGAGGAAAGGGGCGCGCUGGUACUCCAUGGAGAUGGCUGGCAUUGUGUGCUAUACUGGAGCCAACAUCAUCACUCAGGCCAGAGAGCUCAUCGAACAAAUCGGGAGGCCCCUCGAGUUGGACACAGAUGGUAUCUGGUGUGUCCUGCCCAACACCUUCCCGGAGAACUUUGUGGUGAAAACCAGCAAUGACAAGAAGCCCAAAGUGACCAUCUCUUACCCAGGGGCCAUGCUGAACAUUUUGGUGAAGGAGGGAUUCACCAACGAUCAGUACCACGAGCUGGUGGACCCGGCGUCCCUCAGUUACAACAUCCGGUCGGAGAACAGCAUCUUCUUUGAGGUGGACGGACCGUACCUCGCCAUGAUCCUGCCGGCCUCAAAGGAGGAAGGGAAGAAGCUGAAGAAAAGGUACGCUGUGUUUAACGAGGACGGCUCUCUGGCUGAGUUGAAAGGUUUUGAAGUGAAGAGGAGGGGGGAGCUCCAGCUCAUUAAGAUCUUCCAGUCGUCAGUUUUUGAGGCUUUCCUCAAAGGAACCACUCUGGAGGAGGUGUACGCCUCCGUGGCCAAAGUGGCUGACUACUGGUUGGACGUUCUGUACAGCAAGGCCGCCAACAUGCCAGACACGGAGCUGUUUGAGCUGAUUUCAGAGAAUCGCUCAAUGUCCAGAAAGCUGGAGGACUACGGGGAGCAGAAGUCCUUGUCCAUCAGCACAGCUAAGAGACUGGCUGAGUUCCUGGGAGACCAAAUGGUGAAAGACGCUGGGCUGAGCUGUCGCUACGUCAUCUCUCGGAAACCCGAGGGUUCGCCCGUCACAGAAAGAGCCAUUCCGCUCGCCAUUUUCCAGGCUGAGCCCAGUGUGACAAAACAUUUCCUCCGUAAGUGGUUGAAAAUGCCCAGCCUGCACGACUUGGACAUCCGCUCUAUUCUUGAUUGGGGUUAUUACAUAGAGCGGUUGGGGAGUGCCAUCCAGAAAAUCAUCACCAUCCCUGCAGCUCUUCAACAGGUGAAGAAUCCGGUGCCCAGAGUGAGGCACCCGGACUGGCUUCACAAGAAACUCCUGGAGAAAAAUGACAUCUACAAGCAGAAGAAAAUCAGUGAGCUGUUCACCAGCGAGGGCAAGAGAAAGGUGGCCCAUCAGCCUCUUGGAGCAGGCCACGCUGCGGACAUAGAGGACUUUGGGAUGCCGGCCAGGCCUCUGCAGCCAGCCAUCCUCAUCACCACCAAGCGGAAGCGGGCUUCUCAGGGAGAGGACAGCCAGGUGGAGUCUCAGGACGUCGAGCUCACUCAGUCCUGGAGAGAGAUCCUGGGGCCGCCCCCAACUUUGGGAAAGACACAGGAGGAGAGGCUAGUGUGGCUGCGUUACCACAAAAAGAAGUGGGAGCUGCAGCUGAGACAGAGGAAGGAGAGAAAGAAGAGGAGGAGGCUGCUGGAUGGGCAAGCUCAAACUGUAGGUGGAGGAGUGAUCCGAGACGGCCCCACCACCGGCCUGGGCAGCUUCCUCCGCAGAACAGCCCGCAGCAUCCUGGACAUGCCCUGGCAAAUUGUGCAGAUUGCAGAGACUAGUCACCCUGGUCUGUACAAGUUGUGGGCUGUGAUUGGAAAUGACCUCCAUUGCAUGAAGCUCAACAUUCCUCGGGUCUUCUAUGUCAAUCAGAAAGUCCCAAAACAGGAGGAGGGAGCCACAUACAAAAAGGUGAACCGCAUGCUGCCUCGCUCCAACAUUGUGUACUACCUUUAUGAGUACUGCGUACCAGAAGACAUGUACCAGGAGCACAUCAACGAGAUCAACGCUGACCUGUCUGCCCCGGACAUUGAAGGAGUCUAUGAAACACAGGUCCCGUUGCUGUUUCGUGCACUGGUGCGACUCGGAUGCGUGUGUAUGAUCAAUAAACACGUUGUGAGGGAUCUGGCUGGCAGGGAGGCUGACACAUUUGACCUGGAGCAUCUGGAGAUGAGGUCUCUAGCCCAGUUCAGCUACUUGGAACCUGGGAGUGUUCGCCACAUCUACCUGUAUCAUCACAGUCAGGGUCACAAGGCUCUGUUUGGCCUGUUCAUCCCCUCUCAGCGCAAAGCCAGCAUCUUUGUCCUGGACACAGUGAGAAGCAACCAGAUGCCCAACCUGACUAACCUCUACACAGCGGAGCGCACUGCUCUCCUGGAGAAGACGAGCGAAGACCUCCUGCCUCCAGAGAAACACAACUUUGAGGUCCGGGCUGAAAACGAUGCAAAGGCCAUUAACCGCGCACUUCAACGCAUACUGCUAAACUACAAGGACGAGCGCCGUGGCCCCACCCUCAUCGCCGUGCAGUCCAACUGGGACCUGCGGCGCCUGGCAGCGGCGAUGCCGGUGCUCGAAGAGUUCCCAGUCGUUCCGGUACACGUGGUCGAUGAGAUCAGCUAUAAUGUGCUGGACUGGCAACGCCACGGUGCCCGGCGCAUGAUCCGCCACUACCUCAACCUGGACAGCUGCUUGUCUCAGGCUUUCGACAUGGCCAGGUAUUACCACUUACCUGUGGGGAACUUGCCUCAGGAUGUGUCCAUCUUCGGCUCAGACUUGUUCCUGGCGAGACAUCUACGGAAACACAACCAUCUGAUGUGGCUUUCGCCCACAGCCAGGCCCGACCUGGGAGGAAAAGAGGCCGACGACAGCCGACUGGUCAUGGAAAGCGACGACCGGGGCUCUGUGGAGAUAAAUUCUCAAGGAUGCUAUUCCACAGUGUGUGUGGAGUUGGACCUGCAGAGCCUGGCAGUUAACACCAUCCUCCAAUCACAACAUGUCAAUGACAUGGAGGGAGGAGCCAGCCUGGGCGUCAGUUUUGAUGUGAUCCAGCAGGCCUCGCUGGAGGAAAUGAUGUCGGGCAACCAGGGCGCCAGCGCUCUCGCUAGCUAUGAUGAAACUGCUCUCUGCUCCAACACCUUCAGGAUCUUGAAGAGCAUGGUGGUUGGCUGGGUCAGAGAGAUCACGCAGUACCACAACGUGUACGCGGACAACCAGGUGAUGCACUUCUACCGCUGGCUGCGCUCCCCCAGCUCUCUGCUCUAUGACCCCGCGCUGCACCGCACCUUGCACAAUAUGAUGAAGAAGGUGUUUCUACAGUUGGUUUCAGAGUUCAAACGUCUCGGCUCCACUGUGGUGUAUGGAAACUUCAACAGGAUCAUGCUGUGCACUAAGAAACGCAGGAUAGAUGAUGCCAUCGGCUAUGUGGAAUACAUCACCAACAGCAUCCACUCCAGGGAAAUCUUCCACUCGCUGUCCAUCUCCUUCUCCCGUUGCUGGGAGUUCCUGCUGUGGAUGGAUCCGUCCAACUACGGCGGCGUGAAGGGCAAACUGCCCUCCAGCAUCGUGUCUGGAGAGGUAGGAGCCAAACAGAAGAAACAGAGCGCCGGGGAGGGAGAUGAGGGCAGUGAUGAUGAGGAUGAUGAGGGAGCAGAGGCUGAGGAAGAUGAUGGUGAUAGGGAUGAGGUGGAGGAGCUGAUUGAGAGCAACUGGAACAUCAUGCAGUAUCUGCCCCAAACUGCCUCCUGCCAGAAAUACUUCCUCAUGAUUGUCUCUGCCUACAUUGCAGCGGUCUAUCACAGCAUGAAAGAGGAGCUGAGGCGGAACGCUCCUGGAGCGACGCCAGUCAAGAGACGUGGCGGCAGCCAGGCUUCCCAGCAGGCCGUUGGGGAUUUGAGUGCGCUUCCUGGAAUGAUUUCCUUCUCCCAGGAAUAUGUGUCCGACGAGCUGACACAGAACUUUUUCACCAUCACACAAAAAAUCCAGAAGAAGGUGACUGGCACCAGGAAUGUCAACCAGGCCUCCGAGAUGUUCCCUGUCCUUCCCGGAUCCCACCUGCCACUCAACAACCCAGCUCUGGAGUUUAUCAAAUAUGUCUGCCAGGUCCUUUCACUUGAUUCCAACAUAGUGAACCAGGUGAACAAGCUGAAGAGGGACCUCCUGCGUCUGGUGGACGUCGGAGAGUUUUCGGGGGAAGCCCAGUUCAGUGACCCCUGCAGCUCCUACGUCCUGCCUGAGGUCAUCUGCCACCAAUGCAAUUUCUGUCGUGACCUUGACCUCUGCAAGGACCCAUCUGUGGCACAAGAUGGAUCCGUUUUGCCUCAGUGGUUCUGCUCCAACUGCCAGGCGCAGUAUGAGACUGAGUGCAUUGAGACGGCUCUGGUGGAGGCUCUGCAGAAGAAACUGAUGAGCUACACGCUGCAGGACCUGGUGUGUACAAAAUGUAAAGGAGUGAAGGAGGCGAACAUGCCUCUGUACUGCAGAUGUGCCGGAGACUUUCACCUCACGUUUCCAAUCAAGAGCUUCUCUGAGCAGAUCAAAGUGUUUCGCAACAUAGCGUCCCACUACAGCAUGAGCUUCCUGGAGGAGACCAUUGACUGGGUGGUUGUUAUGAGCCCGCAGAUCAGCCAAACGCUCAAUGAGUGAGACGUCACACCCUCCACCAGCUGCACCUGUGCAACUUCUAUUUAGACACUUUAUGUGCAUUUGUUGUGUCUUUCUCAAGGAUGUCAGUUCCUACGCUGGGGAUGGUUUAUGUUCAGGACGGGUUUAAGGAGAAAUAUGUGGCUUGUAGAUAUGUUUGAGGUCUUGAUUUAUGCCAGAAAAUAAUUUUUUAUCUUGUGACUGUUAAUAAAUAUUGUGUUUUAACUGUGA